AUGGGCGACCAGUUCGUCGCCGUCGAGCACAUGCUCCUCGCUUGCUGGGCGAACGGACGCCUGCAGAGGGGCCUGCUCAACAAGCCCGGCAUGCCCUCGCUGGAGGACGUUAUCGCCGCCGUUAAGGAGGUCAGGGGCGGGAAGAAGGUCACCUCGCAGAACGCAGAGGGCAGCUAUGAGGCCCUGGACAAGUAUGGAAGGGAUUUGACCGAUGCCGCCAGAAAGGGACAGCUGGACCCUGUCAUUGGGAGGGACGAGGAGAUUCGCAGGGUCAUCCAGAUCCUGUCGCGCCGCCAGAAGAACAACCCCAUCUUGCUCGGCGAGCCCGGCGUGGGGAAGACCGCUGUCGCAGAGGGCCUCGCCCAGCGCAUUGUCAGCGGCGACGUCCCAACCUCGCUUGCCAAUCGCAAGCUCGUCAACCUGGACAUGGGCGCCCUCGUCGCCGGCGCCAAGUUCCGCGGCGAGUUUGAGGAGCGUCUCAAGGCCGUCCUCAACGAGGUCAAGGACAGCGACCCCAGCGUCAUCAUGUUCAUCGACGAGAUCCAUACCGUUGUCGGCGCGGGGAAGACGGAAGGCGCCAUGGACGCCGGCAAUUUGCUCAAGCCCAUGCUGGCCAGGGGCGAGCUGCGCUGCAUUGGCGCCACCACCCUGGAUGAGUACCGCCAGUACAUCGAGAAGGACGCCGCCCUGGAGCGCCGCUUCCAGCAGGUCCUUGUCGACCAGCCCACCGUUGAGGAUACCAUCUCCAUCUUGAGGGGGCUCAAGGAGAAGUAUGAGAUUCACCAUGGCGUUCGAAUCACCGACAACGCCCUUGUCGCCGCCGCCACCCUGUCCAACCGCUACAUCACCGAGCGCUUCUUGCCGGACAAGGCCAUCGACACCGUCGAUGAGUCCAUGGCCGCCCUUAAGAUGCAAAUCACCUCCAAGCCCGCACAGCUGGACCGUCUGGACCGCCGCGUCAUUCAGAUGGAGAUGGAGCGCCUCAGCCUGAAGAAUGACCAGGACCUGGGCGCCCGCAAGCGUCUCGAACGCCUGUCAAACGACAUUGAGGAAGUCAGGAAGGAGCAGAGGCAACUCGAGGCCAAGUGGGAGAGCGAGAGGGUCUCGCUGGACGACAUUCAGCAGGUAAAGGAAGAUAUCGAUCGCACCACCCGCCAGAUUGAAGACGCCGAACAGGCCUACGACCUCGAUCGUGCUGCCCGCCUCAAGUACUCCACCUUGCCCGACUUGCAGAAGAAACUCGCAAAGCUGGAAGAGACCCAAGGAGGCGGCGCUCACGAAGCCCUUCUACAGGACAAGGUCACCGAGGAUGACAUUGCCAAAGUCGUGUCGUCGUGGACCCGCAUUCCAGUCGCCAAGCUGCUCAGCUCCGAGCGUGAAAAGUUGCUCGGGCUCGACGACCAGCUCUCCAAGAGGGUCAUUGGCCAAGGGGAAGCUGUCCAAGCUGUCACAGAGGCCAUACAGAGAUCCCGCGCGGGCCUGUCCAACCCCAACAAGCCCAUAGCGUCGCUCAUGUUCCUCGGGCCCAGUGGAGUUGGAAAGACGGAGCUUUGCAAGGCACUUGCAGAGCAGCUCUUCGACUCUGAGCAGGCCUUGGUUCGUCUAGACAUGAGUGAGUAUAUGGAGAAGCACAGCGUCUCCCGUCUUGUCGGUGCUCCUCCUGGAUACGUCGGCUAUGACCAAGGUGGACAGCUCUCGGAGGCUGUUCGUCGCAGGCCUUUUAGUGUUGUCUUGUUUGAUGAGAUUGAGAAGGCCCACCCGGAUGUCUCCAAUGUGCUGCUCCAAGUCCUUGACGAUGGCCGCCUCACGGAUAGCCAGGGUCGCACAAUUGACUUUUCGAACGCCGUCAUGAUUUUCACGUCAAACAUCGGUUCUUCAGACAUCCUCGACGUCGCCGGAGAUCCGUCUCUCAGGGAAGUGAUGCGCGCCCGUGUCAUGAACGCGUUGCAGUCUCAGUUCCGGCCUGAAUUUGUCAACCGACUGGACGAAACCAUCAUCUUUGAGUCGCUGUCCAAGGACGUGCUUCGCCGCAUCGCCGAACUGCAAUUGGCAGAUGUGAACAAGCGGCUCGCGGAGAAGAACAUGAGAGUCGAAGCAUCCAUAGAAGCCAUGGACAUGGUCGCUGCGGUCGGGUAUGAUCCCGUGUACGGCGCACGACCGUUGAGACGUGCUGUUCAGCGCAUGUUGGAAAACCCCUUGUCGAAGGGCAUCCUGAAGGGAGAGUUUCGCGACGGAGAUCUCAUUCAAGCUGGUAUCAUCAACGAAAGGCUCGGGUUUAAAGCCAUUCGUGGUGGUGCUCUUGAGAAGGACAACGGUGGCGGUGGAAAGCCCACUGAAGCAAAUAAGGUAGCGGUUGUCUAG